AUGUACGAUACCGCAUCGGUGCUGUUGCGCGCGUACUACCGCGCAACUGGGUGGGACGAGCAGCGCUCGUACCUGCAUCUGAUGCGUGCGAGUGAGACGCUCUUGGACUUCCCGAUCCCACGCUAUUUGACCUUCUCGUCGGCGUCCGUGCCGACGUCGUCGUUCAUGGCUAGUGCGCGGACGUCAUCGCUGCCGUUCUCUGCCGCUUUGGCGUAUGCAUACGCAUCGACCAAGGCCCCACUGAAUAUCACAUGCGUCGUUGAUCCCAAGCACCGCAUGACACGCGCUUCGUACUUCCUUCUACCUGACCAACAGCAUCGUGGCACGCCUCAUUUCGAUCCCAGCGCCCCUCGCGAGGCGUUGCUGUUCGGCAGUAUCCAUGCCCCGAGCGGCUGUGUCGAGGCGUUGUGUGUGACGCGCCUCUCAGAGCAUUGGCAGCUCAUGGCCACGGCUCUCUCACGUGCACCGCGGUAUCCACUGGUACCGCUAGGCCGCCGCCUGGGCCUUCUCACACGCCCGGAACGCAGCACUACCGCCUCUUCCUCCAGUACGACGGCCCUGUCAGAAGAAGACCUGGUCCUCGGUCCACCGGGAACGACCAACCUGCUGCUGACGUGCCAGCACCAGACACCCCACUCGACGGCCGAGUACAGCUACUCGCUGGACGACGCGUUGUGGGGCUUCCGAUACCUGCGGCAGUUUUCAUCGCUCACGCAGCGUGGAAUUGUUAGCGCCGGCGCUGAGGUCUUUUUCAGCGCCGCAGAAAAAAGCGCCGGUGUCUCGAUCGGCUCGCGCUGGAGUAUGCCGCAGGGCGCAGCGUACGCCGUAGGCGCCACGUCCUCGCCAGCUUCGCCAGCCGUAGCGACGCUCACGCUGAAUCCCAUGAUGGGGCAUGUACGUGCCUCGUACGCGGCUCAGCUGGAUGACGAUGUGCUUGUAAGCACACGCUACGAUUUCAAUGUGUACUCGUACCAGUCGGACUGGACGCUGGGCGCCGAGUACCGCUUGCAUCGUUUGCCGGAGGACGACCGCGCGUCCUUCUCGUCGGUGGAUUCGGCGUCCAGCCCCACGCAGCGCGAGCGUGUAGGCGUAUGCGCGAUGCCGAAAGACGAUGUACACAUGUCGCUGCGGGACACCAAGCUGGAUCCUGCGCUGCCAUCGACGCCAGUCCAGCCGAGGACACCGGCCAUCCUGCGUGCCGCUGCGUCCGACGACACUUCCGCGCGCACGACGACAGGGACGACGGCCACUACACCCUACCUGGGCAUUCUCAAGGCGCGCCUGAGUGCGACAGGUCUGCUGGCUCUUCUUUGGGAGGGCGCAUGGCAUCGAUGCCUCCUCUCGGUCGGCGUCAAAGCCUCUCUAUCGUCGUUGCAGCCGACACCGCCGCUCCUUGGCGUGGAAGUGUUGUACUUGUCAGAUACCGCCUAA